AUGAACGCAGUUGUGAGCAGAACAAGGGUCGUCUUUUUUCCUGGCCGGAGGCACUUUUCAUCAAAGAAGGACUACGACGUGAUCGUGAUAGGCGGCGGCCCAGGGGGGUACGUGUGCAGCAUCCGGUGCGCGCAGAAUAAGCUGAAUGUCCUUAAUGUGAACGAAGACAAGAAGCUAGGAGGCACCUGCCUGAACCGAGGCUGCAUCCCUUCCAAGUCCCUCCUACACAUUGCACACAAUUAUUAUGAGGCAAAGAAUAAGUUCAAGCAAAGCGGUAUUAUCAUUGACAAUGUACACCUAGAUGUGGAGACGAUACACAAGCACAAAAACAAAUGCAUGGGGAAUCUAGCUGAUGGAAUAACGUACCUGUAUAAGAAGAACAAAGUUAAUCACCUCAUAGGACAUGGAAGUAUCGUAGAUGCCAACUCUGUUUUGGUAAACAGUGAAGGGAAGGAGAAGCUGGUGACGGCAGAACGCAUUGUUAUCGCUACAGGGUCGAAGCCAAUAGAAAUUCCAUUAAAGAAGUUGAAUGAUGAUAAUGCAAAGGAGGCAGAAAAUGUUGAGGACCUUUUACAUUAUGAUCACCAGGUUAUACAAACGUCAGAUGAUAUUCUUAAUUUUAAAAAGAUCCCGAAUAAAAUUUCUAUCAUUGGUGGUGGUGUCAUUGGAUUAGAAAUAGGUUCUGUUUUUGCCAAAAUGGGUUCAGAUGUCACUAUUUUUGAGUAUAACAACAGAUUGUGCACUUUUCUAGAUGCAGAUGUAAGCAAAGUGCUCCAGAAAACACUUGAAAAAAUAAAAAUAAAAUUUGCUUUUAAUACAUCCGUAAUAGGAGGUAACGUAGAAAAUGAGGAAGCCACUUUAUUUGCUCAAAACACAAAGACAAAGGAAAUACAAAAAGUAAAAUCUGAUGUUGUUCUAGUCUGUGUUGGUAGAAGAGCCAAUUUUGACAAUCUUAAUUUGGAAAAAGUGAAUAUCGAGUUGGGAAAAAAUAAAAAGAUUCAAGUCGAUGAGUCCUUCAGUGUUAUAUCCCAUCCAACUAUUAAAGCAAUUGGAGAUGCCGUCGACGGACCUAUGCUUGCACACAAGGCAGAGGAAGAAGGAUACCUCUUGGCCAAUAUCCUAUUCAGCGAAUUGAAGUUAAACAAGCCACAAAAAUCACACAUUAAUUAUGACCUCGUACCAAGUGUUAUAUAUACUCACCCGGAGGUAGCCAGCGUAGGUCUAAAUGAAGAGAGGUGCAAACAAAUGAAUCUCUCAUUCAAGGCUGUUACCUUUCCCUUUGCUGCUAACAGCAGGUCCAGAACAAUUGACGAUUUUGAUGGGCUGAUUAAACUCCUCGUUGAAAAUGACUCUAACAAAAUCCUGGGCUCUCAAAUUAUUGGAAAUAAUGCUAGCGAUUUGAUUCUGCCUUUGUCCAUUUAUGUUGCCAGCGGAGGGUCCUCCAAAAGUCUGAGUGAGAUUAUUUAUGCCCACCCCACCUUCUCCGAGGUCAUCAAGGAGGUCGCGCUACAGUCCUUCGACAAGGCCAUCCACAUGUGA